GUGCCGCCGGGCGCCGGGGGGAAGCCCUACGUGUGCCAGGCGUGUGGGAAGGGGUUUGCCCGCAAGUCGGACCUCAUGGUCCACCAGCGAAUCCACACCGGCGAGAAACCCUUCUCCUGCUCCGAGUGCGGCAAGAGCUUCAACCACCGCUCGGACCUGGUGGUCCACCAACGCACCCACACCGGCGACCGACCCUUCCACUGCGCCGACUGCGGGAAACACUUCAAGGGUCGCUCCACCCUCAUCCGGCACAAGCGGUUGCACACCGGGGAGAGACCCUACCGGUGCGACGAGUGCGGCAAGAGCUUCGGCUUGAGCGGAGACCUCGUCGCCCACCAACGUUUCCAUACUGGGGAGAAACCCUACAAGUGUCCGGAGUGUGGGAAGGUCUUCAGCAACAGCUCCAGCCUCCUUCGGCACCGCCGGCAGCACGCCGGGGAGAAGCCCUACAAGUGCCGCGAGUGCGGGAAGGGCUUCGGGCAGAGCACGGAUCUCAUCGCCCACCAACGUUUCCAUACUGGGGAGAAACCCUACAAGUGUCCGGAGUGUGGGAAGGUCUUCAGCAACAGCUCCAGCCUCCUUCGGCACCGCCGGCAGCACGCCGGGGAGAAGCCCUACAAGUGCCGCGAGUGCGGGAAGGGCUUCGGGCAGAGCACGGAUCUCAUCGCCCACUGGAGGACCCACACCGGGGAGAAGCCCUACCUGUGCCGGGCGUGCGGGAAGAGGUUCGGGCGGAGGUGUAACCUCAUGGUCCACCAACGGGUGCACGGAGCGGAUGGGCUCGGCCAACGGCGGCGUGGGAAGAGCUUCCCGAAGGACUCGGCUCUUCCCACCCGUUGCGAGGUCUCCGCGGAGGACGGCGCUGCCCGGUUGAGCGUCGGCGGGGACGCUGAGGAGAAAAACCAUUGA